AAGCCCACUGUGGCAACCAUGAAGUGGACUGUGCUGUGGUUGUGUUUCUUCAGUUUUGCGGGUGCCACUCAGGCCACAAAGGCUGACAACCAUGUCAAAAACAUCUGCAGCACUUGGGGCAAGCAGCACUUUAAGACCUUUGAUGGUGAUGUGUUCCAGUUUCCUGGCCUGUGUGAGUACAAUCUGGUCAAAGACUGCAGCGAAUCUGAGAAGAAGUUUUCUGUGCACAUUAGACGAGAAGAAAAUGAUGAAAAUAGUACAGUGAGUUAUGUUGUGGUCACCAUUUCUGAAAAUACAUUCAACCUAACCAAGACUGAGGUCACCGAAAAUGAGAAUCCAGUCACUCUGCCACACUACAGCGGGGGAGUAAAGGUGGAAGAAAAUACAUUUUACAUCAGGCUUCGAGCAACAAAAGUCGGCAUAACUGUCAUGUGGAACCGUGAAGAUGCAGUCAUGGUGGAGGUUUCAAACAGAUACAAGAACAAAACUUGUGGCCUUUGUGGAGAUUUCAAUGGCGUUCCUGUCUAUGAUGAGUACAUGAAUAAUGGUUUUAAAAUGACUCCCAUUGAGUUUGGAAUCAAACACAGAGUCAAUCUGCCAAAUGAUGAAUGCAAAGACCCUCAUGUGGAAGAUGAUGAAUCAAAUGUGUCACUUUCAUGCAAAGCAUUUGAAACCAUCUGUGAACAAAUUUUUGAAGGGGAUUCCUGGAGUUCAUGCGCCAGCCUGAUUGAUGCUGAAGCUUUCAUCAAGGCAUGUGUGGUAGACAUGUGUGCCUGUAACAACGGCAGCGGUGACUUAUGUGUCUGCAGCACAAUGUCUGAGUUUUCUCGUCAGUGUUCGCACGCAGGAGGACAGCCACCCAACUGGAGGAGACCUGAUUUCUGUGGUAAACAGUGUCCCUACAACAUGACAUAUGAAGAAAGUGCUUUUCCUUGCAUGGAUACUUGCACACAUCAGGACACAAGAUUAGUGUGUGAGGACCAUAAAACAGAUGGCUGCUUUUGUCCUUCUGGAACGGUGUUUGAUGAUAUUUCUGAGAGGGGCUGCGUCCCUCGGUCUGAGUGUCAGUGCAAGCAUGACAAAAUCUACAACUCUGGAGAGACUUACCGUCAAGAAAAUACAAACUGUACUUGUUCAGAGGGGAAGUGGGAGUGCGAUUCUUUCGAGACCCCGGCGACAUGUGCAGUAGAGGAAGGUUUACAUUUCACAACAUUUGAUGGUGCAACUUAUACCUUUCAUGGAAAUUGUCUUUAUACCCUGGCCAAGGUGGAGAGCCAGGAUGGAAUAAGUCCAAACUUUACUAUCCGGGCCCAAUUGGAACAAUGUGCAGGAAAAAAAUCUGAUAUUUGUCUAAAGGCUCUUAAAAUCCAUCUGGGCAUAGAUAAUGUACUAAUGUUUACAUCUGAGGGAAAAGUUCAACAGAAUAAUGAGGACAUCAGUUUGCCAUAUUACUCAGGCGACAUCAGAAUAUUUCAUGCUUCAUCCUUUCAUAUCUUGCUCAACGCCAAGUUCGGACUCCAAAUUCAGAUCCAGCGUGUUCCUGUCAUGCAAGCCUACAUCAGUCUGGAAAGCAGCUACAAAGAAAAGACACGUGGUUUAUGUGGAAAUUACAACAUGGCUUUGAAUGAUGAUAUGACGACUCCUCAAGGGAGCAUAGAAGCAACCGCUGUAACUUUUGGUAAUUCUUGGAAGGCCGACGCAUCAUGCCCUGACGCAGGCAGAAUAAAUGAAGACCCAUGUUCCGGGAAUGUGAACAGUGAGAAUUAUGCCAGGCACUGGUGCGAAACGCUCAGAAAUUCCAAUGGUACAUUUGCAAAUUGCCAUUCAGCGGUGAAUCCUGACUAUUACUACAAGCGCUGUCUUUAUUCCACCUGCAGCGGUGAGAAAAGCGAGGACGGCUUAUGUGCUGUUUUCACCUCUUAUGGUCGAGCUUGUGCAGCAAAGGGAAAGUUUGUGAUCGAUUUUGGAAACGAAUGUGAGAAACACACAAAGAGCUGUCCAUCAACUCAGAUCUUCACUUACAACCACCGCAGAUGCCAGCUGACCUGUAGUUCACUGAGCUCAGAUCAGCUGAGCUGCACUUCAAAUUUCUUGCCUGUGGUUGGCUGUUUCUGCCCUGAUGGUCUCUACCUGAAUGAAAAAGAUGCUUGUGUGCCCAAAGAAGAAUGUUCCUGUUCCCAUAAAGAAGAUUACAUUGAAGCAGGAACGUCUGUCAACAUCAAUUCUGAGCACUGUGUGUGCGCCAAUGGAAGGCUUCAUUGCCAUUCUGGGAAAAAGCAGAAAAUAGAAUGUCGUCAUCCAAAAGUAUACUUCAACUGCUCCUUUGGGAGGGCUAACAACCAUAGACCACACUGUGUUCGACGUUGUUUGAAUCUCGAUGAUGAUGUCUGUGAUGCAUCAGAAUGUGUAUCUGGCUGCAUGUGUCCUCCUGGCCAGUUUGAUGAUGGUCAAGGCUCAUGUGUGAAAAAGGCAGAGGAUUGUUCAUGCAAGCACAACGGUCAAUUCUAUAAGCCUGGAGUAGCAGUUUACCAAGAUUGCAACCACUGCAUUUGUAGAGGUGGGAAGUGGAUUUGUACAUCAAACAACUGUUCACAGAGCUGCAUUAUAUAUGGAAGUGGACAUCACAGAACAUUUGACCUGCGACAAUAUGAGUUUCAAGGAGACUGUUCCUAUGUUGCUGUCAAGAACAAAUGUUCUAAUAAAACAGUAGAGCAUGAAAUUGAAGUCAUCACAGAAGAUGAACCAUGUGGAUCAUCAGGGACAACAUGUUCUAAAAUUGUCAAGAUUCAGCUUGGGAAACAUGUGAUCACCCUCACAGAAGGCACUUUUAAAUCGGAAGUUUUGGAAAAUGGCACCGAAAUACCAUUUGAAAUAACAAGUCAAGGCUUCUAUGUUGUAGUAAAUUCCAGCAUUGGUUUAAGCGUGAUUUGGGAUCGCAAAACAUAUUUUGUCAUAACACUGGAACCGUAUUACAAGGGUGAAGUGUGUGGCCUGUGUGGAAACUUUGAUGGUAAUGGAGAGAACGACUUCACCACCCAGAGUGGGUUGGUAGUGAGCAGCCAUUUAGAGUUUGCAAACAGUUGGAAAGGGGACAGCUCUUGCUCGAAUGUGGAUAAGCUUGUUGACGCUUGUGAAAAAGAACCUCAUCGAGACCACUGGGCAAAAACAAAGUGCAAAAUCAUAACUGCAGACACAUUCAAAGAAUGCCACUCCAAGGUAGAGCCCCAACCGUUCUAUGAAAAAUGUGUGAAAGACACAUGUGCCUGUGACACUGGAGGAGACUGUGAGUGUUUCUGUUCAGCUGUUGCAGCUUAUGCUCAAGCUUGCAAUGAUGUUGGUGUUUGCGUUUCAUGGAGAUCUCCAGAAAUCUGUCCUGUCUUCUGUGAUUUCUACAACUUCCACAAUGAUGAAUAUGAUUGCUUAUGGCACUACUAUCCGUGUACUCCAAUCACAUAUCAGGGUUGUUCAAACUAUUCUGUUGGAAAGUUUGAAGGUUGUUACCCUAGAUGCCCAGAAUAUGCCCCAAUAUUUGAUGAGAAAUCAAAGCAAUGUGUGGCAAUAUGUCCACAAACAGAAACAAACACUUCGUCAUCAACUACGACUAUAACAACCCCAAUAACCACAACAUCAACACCAACUACAACCACAACUACCACAACAACCACAACUACCCCUACAACCACAGAAUCAACAACUGAAUCUACUACUGAAACAUCAACUACAAUCACAACUACCACAACAACCACAACUACCACAACGACUACACCCACAACUACAGAAUCAACGACAACUGAAACUACAACUGAAUCCACUACUGAAACUCCAACCACUACCACAACAACCACUACGACAACUACUACAACAACUACACCAACAACCACAGAAUCAACAACAACUGAAACACCAACUACAACCACAACUACCACAACGACCACAACAACUACCCCUACAACCACAGAAUCAACAACUGAAACUACACCAACUACAACCCCUACAACAACUACCACCACCACAACCACUACAACAACUACUACAACAACUACACCAACAACCACAGAAUCAACAACGACUGAAACACCAACUACAACCACAACAACCACUACUACCACUACCACAACUACCACUACAACUACUCCUACAACCACAGAAUCAACGACAUCACCUACUACAACCAUAACUUCUCCAUACACAUCAUGCACUCCACCCCCAUGUAACUGGUCAGAUUGGUAUAAUGUACAUGAUCCACAUGUAGAUAGAAAUGACUUUGAAACAUAUGAUAAUAUUAGAAAACAUGGCAAAGAGGUGUGUGACAAUCCUGAAAAAAUUGAUUGUAGAUCAGUUGAAAACCCUGAGAUGGACCUAAAAGAAUAUACGACGUUAAAUGACCAAAAGCUUACUUGUAAUCUAAGUACAGGUUUAGUCUGUAAAACAACUGAACAAAAAUAUAACAAAAAGUGUUUGAAUUAUAAGAUAAGGGUAUGUUGUAGUGUAUAUAACCCAUGUGAAAGUAGCACAAGUACAACCACUACAACAACCACAACGACUACACCCACAACCACAGAAUCAACAACUGAAACUACAACUGAAACACCAACUACAACCCCUACAACCACUACCACCACAACUACCACAACAACCACUACGACAACUACUACAACAACUACACCAACAACCACAGAAUCAACAACGACUGAAACAACUACUCCUACAACCACAGAAUCAACAACUGAAACUACGACUGAAACACCAACUACAACCCCUACAACCACUACCACCAUAACAACUACAACUACUACAACAACUACACCAACAACCACAGAAUCAACAACGACUGAAACACCAACUACAACCACAACUACCACAACGACCACAACAACUACCCCUACAACCACAGAAUCAACGACAACUGAAACUACAACUGAAACACCAACUACUACCUCUACAACCACUACUACCACUACCACAACUACCACUACAACUACUCCUACAACCACAGAAUCAACGACAUCACCUACUACAACCAUAACUUCUCCAUACACACCAUGCACUCCACCCCCAUGUAACUGGUCAGAUUGGUAUAAUGUACAUGAUCCACAUGUAGAUAGAAAUGACUUUGAAACAUAUGAUAAUAUUAGAAAACAUGGCAAAGAGGUGUGUGACAAUCCUGAAAAAAUUGAUUGUAGAUCAGUUGAAAACCCUGAGAUGGACUUAAAAGAAUAUACGUUAAAUGACCAAAGCUUACUUAAUCAACGACAACUGAAACUACAACUGAAACACCAACUACUACCUCUACAACCACUACUACCACUACCACAACUACCACUACAACUACCUACAACCACAGAAUCAACGACAUCACCUACUACAACCAUAACUUCUCCAUACACAUCAUGCACUCCACCCCCAUGUAACUGGUCAGAUUGGUAUAAUGUACAUGAUCCACAUGUAGAUAGAAAUGACUUUGAAACAUAUGAUAAUAUUAGAAAACAUGGCAAAGAGGUGUGUGACAAUCCUGAAAAAAUUGAUUGUAGAUCAGUUGAAAACCCUGAGAUGGACUUAAAAGAAUAUACGAUGUUAAAUGACCAAAAGCUUACUUGUAAUCUAAGUACAGGUUUAGUCUGUAAAACAGCUGAACAAAAAUAUAACAAAAAGUGUUUGAAUUAUAAGAUAAGGGUAUGUUGUAGUGUAUAUAACCCAUGUGAAAGUAGCACAAGUACAACCACUACAACAACCACAACCACAACAAAUACACCCACAACCACAGAAUCAACAACUGAAACUACAACUGAAACACCAACUACAACCCCUACAACCACUACCACCACAACAACCACUACAACAACAACUACACCAACAACAACAGAAUCAACAACGACUGAAACAACUACUCCUACAACCACAGAAUCAACAACUGAAACUACGACUGAAACACCAACUACAACCCCUACAACCACUACCACCACAACAACCACUACUACAACAACUACUACAACAACUACACCAACAACCACAGAAUCAACAACGACUGAAACAACUACUCCUACAACCACAGAAUCAACAACUGAAACUACGACUGAAACACCAACUACAACCACUACCACCACAACAACCACUACUACAACAACUACACCAACAACCACAGAAUCAACAACGACUGAAACACCAACUACAACCACAACUACCACUACCACCACAACAACCACUACUACAACUACACCCACAACCACAGAAUCAACAACUGAAACUACAACUGAAACACCAACUACAACCCCUACAACCACAACUACCACUACCACCACAACAACCACUACUACAACUACUACAACAACUACACCAACAACCACAGAAUCAACAACAACUGAAACAAUAACCACUCCUACAACCACAGAAUCAACAACUGAAACUACAACUGAAACACCAACUACAACCCCUACAACCACUACCACCACAACUACCACAACAACCACUACAACGACAACUACUACAACAACUACACCAACAACCACAGAAUCAACAACUGAAUCUACUACUGAAACACCAACUACAACCCCUACAACCACUACAACCACAACUACCACAACAACCACAACUACACCAACAACCACAGAAUCAACAACAACUGAGUCUACAACUAAAUCAUUGUCUACUACAACAAUUCCAACAUCAACUGAAACACCAACUAUUACUACACCCAGCACAUGUGCACAGUGGGGUGUGCAGCAAAAUGAGACAUUUUAUUUUUGCAACUGCACCAUGGCAAGAUGUAUUGAAGGCAAUAAAAUUGAAAUAGUGCCAUAUGAAUGUCCAACUAUAAAUCCCAUAACUUGUGCCAAUGGGAAAGACCCUGUUCUUGUAUAUGAUGAUUAUCAUUGCUGCCAACAUUAUGAAUGUGACUGUGAAUGUGAAGGCUGGGGAGAUCCUCAUUACGUUACUUUUGAUGGCAAAUACUACACUUACCAAGGAAACUGUACCUAUCAUUUGAUGAAAGAAAUUACACCAAUGCAUGGCUUAGAAAUUUUAAUUGAAAAUGUCCAUUGUGACCCUACUGAAGAUGUUUCCUGUCGAGCUUUAACUGUAAAAUAUGGAUCACAAAGUAUCAAACUGAUCAACUUUAAUCUUGGUGCACGACCUGAUUUGAAGGCAUUUAAAAAUGAAGAUGUGGAAAAUCUAAGGCUCCCUUAUUGGAAAGAUGGUGUUAAAGUGAUGGGCACUGGUGUUAGCUUGGUGUUAGAGAUCCUUCGUCUAAAAGUGGUUGUUAAAUUUGGAAGAACUGGCUUCAGUAUCAACCUUCCAUAUAAGUACUUUGGAGGAAACACACAGGGUCAUUGUGGAACUUGCUCCAACAAUCGAGAUGAUGACUGCAGAUUAUCUGACGGUACAGUAGCAGAAAAUUGCGGUGUGAUGGCCGACGACUGGCUUGUGGAGAAAGAUAAGGGAAAAACUGGCUGCAUACCGAAACGUACUCCACAGAAAAAAUGCGAAUCAAAUCCAAAUUCUGUUUGUGAAUUGCUUAAGGACCCAGCAGGUGCCUUUGCUGAAUGCCAUUCCCGGAUCUCUCCAGAAAAUUUCUACAGAGGAUGUAUUUUUGAUAGCUGCUAUGUUCACAACCGAUCAGUGGAGUGCACAAGUUUGGAGACUUAUGCUGCUGCCUGCGCUGAGAUUGGAAUUUGUAUUGACUGGAGGAAGUUCACUAAUAUAUGUGCCAGCAACUGUCCAUCAGGCAAGAUUUAUAGAUCUUGUGGACCUGCAGAUCAACCAAGCUGUGAGGACAAUCCUAACGAUCCUGUCAUGAACUAUACUACUGAGGGCUGCUUUUGUCCUGAAGGAAUGAAACUGUUCAGCAAAGAAUCAAAUAUAUGUGUUAAAAGUUGUGGCUGUCUUGAUCCCAAUGGGCAGGCCCGUGAGUUCAACGAGACAUUUGAAUACAAAUGUCAGACCUGUGUGUGUGACGAGUCCACCAAAACUGUGAUCUGCAAGCCUAAGACGUGCCCACCCACUGCUUUACCAAGAUGCAUGGGUCCAGGAUAUGUUAUUGUCAAUCAAACUGAUCCAUCAAAUCCCUGCUGCAAUGUCCAUGUUUGCCAAUGUCAGAGCCAUGCUUGUCCGGAAAUAAACAUGAACUGCAAUGUUGGCUUUAUGCCAAACAUCAGUAUCCCAGAGGGAAAAUGCUGUCCAGAACGUAGAUGUGAACCCAAAAGAGUCUGUGUGCAAAAUUAUAUUGAAUAUCGGCCUGGUUCUUCUGUGCCUGGUCCAAAAUGUGAGAACUGCUUCUGUUCCUCAAAUUCUUCAUCUGGUGGUCUGAUGGAAAUAAAAUGCGAGAAGCAGCAGUGUGAAGACACAUGCAGAAAGGGAUUUGAAUAUAAAAAAUCCAACGCAGAUGAUUGCUGUGGGACGUGUGUGCAGACCCAGUGUGUGUUCAUUGUUAAUGGCAAUGAGACACUCUUAAAGGAAGGAGAAACCUGGUCACCACCUGAAAAUAAAUGUGAAAGUAAGACUUGUGUCAAGAAUGGUGAGAUUUUUACAGUCUCCAACAAACAGAUCAUUUGCCCACCAUUCCAAGAGAGCAACUGCAAAAAUGACACAAUUCAGACUGCAGCAAACGGCUGCUGCAAAAUCUGUGUAGAGAAAGAGAAGGCCUGCAGACUGGUUAACCAGACAACUCCUAUCAACCACAAUGGCUGUCAGUCUAAGUUGAAUAUGCCAUCAUGUGAGGGAUCAUGCGACACUUCCACCAAGUACUCUGAAGCAGCAGGUGCUAUGGAGCAUUCCUGCUCCUGUUGUAAGGAGAGACGUGCCAGCAACCGCACCGUCACCCUGGCGUGUGAAAAUAGUGCUGCGCACGUCCAGUUCACUUAUGUGCAUGUGGAGGAGUGCGGCUGUGGUCACACAGAGUGCACCACACCUGCUGCACUGCAUGUUCGCAGAAAGCGACGCUUCACACUGCAGUGACAGAAUGCUCUGUCCUCACAUGUGGGAUACAGAUGUAUCUCCAAGAAUCAUUUAAUUAAUCAUUGAAUCUCUAUAAGGUAUAGCAUACUUUGUAGAGUUCAUUUAUCAGUUGAUUGAAUAAAA